AUGGCUGCGCCGAGUACUGUUCUGCGGCCGCUGGUACGCACAGCAGGAACCGCGCCGUCGCUUUUCAGAACGCCCGCCCAGCGUGUAGCGCCCCGCCAUACCCCUCUCGCUUUCCGAUCCUCAUCCCCCGUUGCGGCCUCGUCGCCGCUCUCCGCCUCUCAAACUCGUUCGAGCACCUACUCCGCCCCGGCCCCAGGCACCCAGACGCGCAAGAAGGUCACCAUCCAGACACUACAGGGCCUUCACCGGAAAGGAGAGCCAAUUGCCAUGCUCACGGCGUAUGACUUCCCCAGUGCGCACGUCGCCGAUGCCUCGGGCAUGGAUAUCAUCUUGGUGGGAGACAGCUUGGGCAUGGUGGCGCUCGGCCUCGAGAACACCAGCGAGGUGCUGAUGGACGACAUGAUUCUGCACUGCCGCAGCGUGGCUCGGGCCGCGAAGAGCUCCUUCAUUGUGGGAGACAUGCCCAUGGGCUCGUAUGAGGUGUGCGCGGAACAAGCGGUGGAAUCCGCCAUCCGCAUCGUCAAGGAAGGCCGCGUGCAUGCGGUCAAGAUCGAAGGAGGUGAUGAGUUGGCUCCGACCAUCCAGCGCAUCACGCAGGCUGGUGUCCCCGUCGUCGGCCAUAUCGGCUUGACUCCCCAGCGGUCCAAUGCGCUCGGCGGGUUCCGAGUGCAGGGCAAGACGACUUCCAGCGCCCUGAAGCUGCUGCAUGACGCGACUGCCAUGCAGGAGGCCGGAGCGUUUAUGAUCGUUCUCGAGGCAAUGCCUCCUGAAGUGGCCACGCUCAUCACCAAGAAGCUGCGCGUGCCGACGAUUGGUAUCGGUGCAGGCAACGGCUGCUCAGGUCAGGUUCUCGUCCAGGGUGACAUGACCAGUAAUUUUCAGCCUGGCCGGUUCCUGCCGAAGUUCGUCAAGAGGUAUGCCGAUGUCUGGGGCGAGGCCGCUCGGGGUAUCACCCAGUACCGAGACGAGGUCAAGAACCGAGCCUUCCCCUCGCAGGAAUACACCUACCCUAUUCCUCAGGAGGAGCUGGCUCAGCUGGAAAAGACGGUGGAUGAGAUCUACCAGAAGUAA